AUGGCGGCCGCCGACUCGAGCCGGCUUCUGGAAGCCCAGAAGCUGGCCAAGAUGGAUCCGAGAAAAGCAGAGGCCAUCUACAAGGACAUCACCUCCAAGGCGCCCCAGGCUACUUCCGACGCCGCGACCCGAGAGUACGAGUCGGCGCUGGUGAGCCUAGGCGAGCUCUACCGGGAUGAGAAGAAGACGCAAGAGUUGGUCGACCUCGUUCGCGAGAGUCGCACCGUCUUCUCGUCCUUUGCCAAGGCGAAAUCGUCCAAGCUAGUGCGGCAGCUUCUCGACCUUUUCAAGGGCAUCCCCGACAGCACCGACGUCGAAGUUCUCAUCACAAAGGACUGCAUCGAGUGGGCCACGGCCGAGCGGCGUGCCUUCCAGCGCCAGGACCUCGAGGUCCGCCUCGUCGCCCUCCAUAUGGCCAAGCAAUCCUUCUACGACGCCCUCACCCUCAUCAACGGUCUCUUGCGCGAGCUCAAGCGGCUCGACGACAAGCUUCGUCUCGUCGAGGUCCAGCUCCUCGAGUCCCGCGUCUACCACUCCCUCGGCAACAUCCCCAAGGCCCGCGCCGCCCUCACCACGGCCCGCACCUCGGCCGCCAGCGUCUACACGCCGCCCCUGCUGCAGGCCAACCUCGACAUGCAGAGCGGCAUGCUCCACGCCGAGGACAAGGACUUCAACACGGCCUUUUCCUACUUCAUCGAGGCCCUCGACGGCUACGGCAGCCUCGACGAGACUUCAAGGGCCCAGGCCGCCCUCCAGUACAUGCUGCUCUGCAAGAUCAUGCUCAACCUCGUCGACGACGUCAACCAGCUCAUGGCCUCCAAGCCAGCCCUCAAGUACGCCGGCAAGAACCUCGAGGCCAUGAAGGCCAUCGCCCGCGCCCACGCGAACCGGUCCCUCGAGGAGUACGAGCGCGCCCUCUCGUCGUACCGGUACGAGCUCGGCAGCGACGCCUUCAUCCGCAACCACCUCCGCCGGCUCUACGAUGCCAUGCUUGAGCAGAACCUCAUCAAGGUCAUUGAGCCCUUCUCCCGCGUCGAGAUGGACCACAUCGCCAAGAUGGUCGGCCUCGACACCCAGCAGGUCGAGCGCAAGCUCUCCCAGAUGAUACUCGACAAGGUCAUCAUCGGCGUCCUCGACCAGGGCGCCGGCUGCCUCAUCAUCUACGACGAGACCCACCGCGACGAGUCUUACGACGCCGCCCUCGCCACCAUCGAGAAGCUGAGCGGCGUCGUCGACGUCCUCUACACGAACCAGGCCUCCAUGCUGGAGUAG